CGAUUGAGCCAAUAGGCUGUGGAAGGCAGAGUUGUCCCUGUGGCCGCCAUUAAAGAAAGGAAUCCAUGAAUUCAAAUGGAAACCAACAGGAACCGAGGCUGAAAAAAAUGAUCGAUAUAAUCGUGAAAUUAUAGGCCGAUGCCGGAUUUCGAGUGGGUUUUACAGGAUGUAUUUGGAUUUUAGACCGGAUUGUGCGGUGAAGGAGUGAGACAGGGCAUUUUUGUUUUUUUUAAGUAGAGACCGUUUUAGGGGUAAGGGGGAGGGGGAGAGUUGCUUCUUUGCUCUCCUUUUUCUUUUUGUUUUAUGAACAUUUGACGCUUAACUCAACAUGUUCUUACUGUGUGCUUUUAAGAUGUUAUAAAGAGUGCACUAUUUCUUUUAUCCGCUUUUAGGUCCGGCUAGGGGAAGUGCAAUCGGAAGGUUGUUGAAUUAACUAUCCUCCAGCCAAAUGUUACAAAAAUAAUUUCUCGUUUGAUUAAGCCUGGACAGAUUAGAAAACAGAAAUCCGCGAAUUGUUCUUUAUUUCCCGGGACGUGAAAUGAUGGAGAGUUCGAUCUCGCAGUGAAGAAGGAUGAGUUCUUGUUUUGUACCAAACGGGGCCAGCUUGGAGGAUUGCCAUUCCAAUCUAUUCUGUCUGGCUGACUUGACUGGGAUCAAAUGGAAGAGGUUUGUGUGGCAGGGUCCCACCUCUGCACCCAUCCUUUUCCCUGUGACGGAGGAAGAUCCCAUUCUAUGCAGCUUCAGCCGCUGCCUGAAGGCCGAUGUGCUGAGUGUAUGGCGGCGGAGUCAGCGGCAGGGCCGGAGGGAGCUUUGGCUUUUCUGGUGGGGGGAUGACCCUAACUUUGCAGAUCUUAUCCACCAUGAGCUUGCAGUGGAGGACGAUGGCCUGUGGGAGAAUGGGCUUUCCUACGAGUGUCGCACACUGUUGUUCAAAGCAAUCCACAAUUUACUGGAGCGAUGCCUAAUGAAUCGCAGCUUUGUUCGCAUUGGCAAGUGGUUCGUCAAACCCUACGAGAAGGACGAGAAACCCAUCAACAAAAGUGAACACCUCUCCUGCGCCUUCACCUUUUUCUUGCAUGGUGACAGCAACGUCUGCACCAGUGUGGAGAUCAACCAGCACCAGCCCGUCUACCACCUGACAGAGGAGCACUUGACUCUGGCACAGCAAGCAUCAAACCCCUUCCAAGUGAUCCUGAGUCCUUUUGGACUCAACGGGACUCUGACCGGCCAGUCAUUCAAAAUGUCAGACCCACCAACACAGAAGUUAAUUGAGGAGUGGAACCAAUUCUACCCUAUCGGCCCCAGUGCGAAGCAGGGCCUGUCGGAGGAUAAGACAGAGGACAUGCAUUGGGAAGAUGAUUCUCUGGCCUCAGUCGAGGUUCUCGUUGGUGGUGUGCGAAUGGUGUACCCAGCCUGCUUGGUGCUGGUGCCUCAGUCUGACAUCCCUGUCGUGGCCCCUGUGGGGUCCUCUCACUGCACUGCCAUCUACUCGGGUGGCCAUCAAGUGCCUGCUUCCCAGCGAGAGCCCGCCAUUUCUCUGGUGACACUCACGCCUCCAACAUCGCCCGAAGAAGUGCAAACAGGCAGUGACAAUACUAAAGUGGACUCUAACUCUUCCAAAAAGUGGGUUAAUAUGCCCCCGUCAUCUGAUGGGUUCAGUAUGGACAGAACAAGCCACCACGGUGGCAAGAUUCCACGGCGACUGUCCACUCAGGUAGUGGAGCGCGUAUGGCAAGAGUGCAAUAUCAACCGAGCCCAGAACAAGCGCAAGUACUCAGCUGCAACCAAUGGUACCUGUGAGGAGGAACUCACUGAGAAAGUAGGAACCUGGAAUUUUGUGGAGCCAUCACAAAGGUCACACUGCAACUGUUCCAGACACAAAUCAGUAAAGCAGCGAACAGGAAGCACACCAGGUCAAGCUCAGUUAUCAGGCCAGGCCUCUCAGCCUCCUACCAAGCACAAAGCUGGGGGUGAGAAGCUUGAGAAAGGUGAAAAGCAGCAGAAAAGACCCCAGACGCCCUUCCAUCACCGCAGCCUAACAAACGACGAGGCCUCACUAGACUCAGAGACAAAUGUAGGACAGAGGUUGGCCAUGAGGAACCAGGACGGGGGAAGAUUACCAAGUAUUUGCUCUGCAGAUGUUUCUGCUAUCCAAAAAACGCCACAGCUCCAUAGUGGAGCUGUAAACUCUGGCCCUUCAGACCAAGCCAACUCCCCACAACCCCCAUCACUUAGCCCUCACCCGUGUGAGCGUAGCGAGGAGUCGGGGGAGGGCAUGAAGAACCCUUCAACCCCCAACAGCCAACACUUUUACCAACAACCUCCAGACCCGUGUCUGGUUGGAGUGAAGGGUGGCAGCGAGGAGCUGUCCAGCACAGAGAGUAUAAGUCAGCACUUCAACUCGCAUCACCCCCAUCCAGGGGUAUCGGCGUACUCUGAUUCUCCAGAACCCGUCGUUUACAUUGGCGCAGCGGUCAACCAGGAGGAAGACAAUUCUCACACUCCAUGGCGGUUAUUCAACUUACCGCGCAGGAAAGAAGCCGAGGUGCCCACCCCACUGCUGCCAGGAGACAAGCUGAAGGACGAGGCUUCUUUGUCGCAGGAAAACCUGGUGUCUGUUACUGAGAUCAUGUCCACAUCUAAAUGGCCAUUAAAGGUCUCUGAAGAACUUAUUCAGAUGUACCGAGCCAGGAGAAACCAGUACCUAUCUGCAGCCAUAACUGAUGGAGACCACGAGCCAGAAGCAGAUCCUUAUGCCUUUGAAGAAGGUGACGUGAAGUUCACAUUCUCCAAGAAGGACAAAGCAGGUGGGGAGCGUGACCCCGGCAAGAAGCAUAAGGGUGAAGAUGGAGGAUCGUGUCCAUCAGAUGAUGCCCAGCGGGCUGCUGCUCACAACCACACGGUCUCCACCAGCCUAAUUCACGAGAUAGACCUGGCCGUGUCCAUCAAUGACUUGGACAACCUCUUCAAUUCAGAUGAAGAUGAACUGGCGCCUGGCUCCAGGAGACCUGUCAAUGGAACCGAUGAGAAAUUUGGCAACAAGGACCCAAAACCAUCCACUUUGGACCCAGUAUCUUGUAUAAGCUCAGCAGACCUGCACCAGAUGUUUCCCACACCACCCUCUCUGGAACAGCAUAUCAUGGGCUACUCCCCCAUGAAUAUGUGUAGCAAAGAUUACGGCAGCAUGGAGUCAAACGCCGGCAUGACCACACUGGACGGCACCUCGUCUCUGGGAAACCACUUCAAGAUUGAGGUGGAGGAAAGCUUUUGUAGCCCCAAGCCAUCUGAGAUCAAGGACUAUUCGUUUGUGUACAAGCCCGAACUGUGCCAAGCGUUUGUGGGUUGCUCCAUGUUCGCUCCACUGAAGACGUUGCCCAGUCAGUGUCUCCCACCCAUCAAAAUGCCAGAGGAAGGCAUUUACCGACCGAGCUGGACCAUGGGCAGAGACAUGACCUUCCUCAGCAAGGACAGUACCAUCACCAGUGUGGCAAACGUAAUGGACCAGGACUACAACCAGACCUACACUCCUCAGACCCACACGCCUUUCAUGUCAAACAGCGCUCCGCCAAGUAACAGUGGCACCGGCAUCCUUCCCUCACCCGCCACCCCUCGUUUCUCCGCCCCUACGCCAAGAACGCCACGCACUCCACGCACACCUCGGGGUCCUUCCAGUGUUCAGGGAUCACUCAAGUAUGAGAAUUCUGACCUGUACUCACCAGCCUCGACCCCUUCAACCUGCAGACCGCUGAACUCGGUGGAACCAGCCACGGUACCCUCCAUCCCGGAGGCACACAGCCUUUACGUUACCCUCAUCCUCUCUGAGUCUGUCAUGAACCUCUUCAAAGACUGCAAUUUUGACAGCUGCUGCAUCUGCGUGUGUAAUAUGAACAUCAAAGGAGCCGAUGUGGGUGUGUACCUGAGUGACCCAGUGAGUGAGGCCCAGGAACCCUGCAGCUGCGGCUUCAGCGCUGUGGUCAACCGCCGUUAUGGCAAUGGCUCCGGACUCUUCCUCGAGGACGAACUAGACAUCAUCGGCCGAGGUUCAGACGUCAGCAGAGAGGCGGAGAAGCGGUUUGAAGAGUUGCGGCUCUCCUCACUGGAGAAAAGUGGAGUUGGGAGGGGAGACCGUGUUCCCGACGAGCUGAUCGUCCUUGUGCAAGACCAGUGCACCAACCCCUUUUCACCCAUUUCAAUUUUGGAGCACGACCUGGUGACACGGGGAACAGGCGGGGUCUCCGUACCUCCCUGUGUGAGGGUGGAGGAGAAGGACUACUGCAGUGACUGCUACAUGGCUCUGGAGCAUGGCAGGCAGUUCAUGGACAACAUGUCGGGUGGAAAGGUGGACGAGGCCCUGGUUAAGAGCUCAUGCCUACACCACUGGGGCAAACAAAACGCAGUGGACGUGAGUGCGUUAUGCUCCCAGGACGUCCUGCGAGCACUAAUGUCUCUGCAGCCUGUACUCCAGGAUGCUAUUCAGAAGAAACGAACAGUGCGGUCGUGGGGCGUUCAGGGACCUCUCACCUGGCAACAGUUCCACAAGAUGGCUGGUCGAGGCUCUUAUGGCACAGACGAGUCUCCAGAGCCCCUGCCCAUUCCCACCUUCCUCGUAGGUUAUGAGUACGACUUUGUAGUACUGUCUCCUUUUUGUCUGCCAUACUGGGAGAAACUGUUGCUGGAUCCCUUUGGCUCCCAGCGGGACAUUGGCUACCUGGUGAUUUGUCCUGACAACGAGGCCCUGCUGAGCGGUGCCAAGAGUUUCUUCCGAGACCUCACCGCUGUCUAUGAGUCGUGUCGACUUGGCCAGCAUCGGCCCAUUUCCAAAGGGUACCCUGAUGGCAUUGUCCUUGUCGGGGGCAGUGGAGCCAAGAGCCUCAUGGAUCAGCCAGUGAGCGAUUGGUUCCUCAAGGCUGCCAGUGGCAACAGUGACGCCUUCGCUAAGCUCAAACUCUAUGCACAAGUUUGCCGACACAACCUUGCUCCAUACCUCGCAUCACAGCCACUGGACAGCUCACUCCUCACUCAGCCUAAUCCUUCGCCUUCGUCCAGCCAGUCAUCUUCCACACAACUGUCUAGCUCCACAUCUAGUUCAGUGGGCCAGCAGAGUUCCACCACUGCUGCAGGCCCCACAGUUCCCAACAGCAGCAGCAACGCAGGCUCUGGGAACAGCUCUGCCUCAACCAACAACCUGGUCACGACAUCAGGCCAGUCUGGGCCUGCGCUACUCUCUGCCAAGGCCAAUUGUUUUCCCUCUUUUGGGAGCAUGAGCAGUCAGGGCCAGGGUGUUGGCCCCCAGAGUGGACAGCUGGGUCAGCAGGCUGGAACCCAGAAUGCUGGCAGUUCAGGGGACAACUCAAGCAGCCAAGCCCAAGGACCUUCAGAGCCACCAGAAAGCACUUUGGAACGAGAAAAGGUGGGCCUGCCCACGGAUGGGGAAUCCCACGCCAUCACAUAUCCACCUGCCAUCGUUGUUUACAUCAUUGACCCUUUUAGCUAUGAGGAGACAGAGAACGGCACAGGCCCAGUGCCAGCACACUCCAGUGUGUGGACACUGGGUUUACUGCGGUGCUACCUUGAGAUGCUUCAGUUUCUGCCUGCCCAUAUUCGCAAUUCAGUAUAUGUACAGAUCGUCCCGUGCCAGUAUCUGCUGCAGCCAGUACGAAGAGAGGAACGUCAUAUCUACGCACAGCACCUGAAGUCUCUCGCCUUCUCUGUAUUUGCUCAGUGCAGACGGCCGCUGCCGAUCUCAACCAAUGUCAAAUCACUGACAGGUUUUGGCCCUGGAUUGGCCAUUGACACUGCACUGAAGAGUCCAGAGAGGCCGGAGUGUCUGCGUCUGUACACGCCUCCCUUCAUUUUAGCACCUGUGAAGGACAAGCAGACGGAGCUUGGGGAAACAUUUGGGGAAGCAUCGCAGAAAUACAACGUGCUGUUUGUAGGGUACUGUCUGUCCCACGACCAACGCUGGCUUCUGGCUACGUGCACUGACCUGUAUGGAGAACUGUUGGAGACGUGCAUCAUCAACGUUGAUGUACCCAACAGGGCACGGAGGAAAAAGGGUUCAGUGCGCCGAUUCGGUCUCCAGAAGCUCUGGGAUUGGUGCUUAGGGUUGGUGCAAAUGACUUCAGUUCCCUGGAGAGUGGUGAUUGGUCGACUAGGCCGAAUAGGUCACGGAGAAUUAAAAGACUGGAGUAUUCUGCUGAGCAGGAGAAACCUCCAGUCACUGAGUCGACGUCUGAAGGACAUGUGUCGAAUGUGUGGCAUCUCCGCCUCAGAUACUCCCAGCAUUCUCAGUGUGUGCCUAGUUGCCAUGGAACCCCAGGGAUCCUUCAUCAUCAUGCCAGACUCGGUGUCAACAGGCUCCGUGUUUGGCCGCAGCACCACCCUGACCAUGCAGACAUCCCAACUAAGCACCCCCCAGGACACCUCCUGCACACACAUCCUGGUUUUCCCCACCUCAGCCUUUGUCCAAGUUGCCAGCUCCAGUUACACCAACAUCGACACCAACAUCGACAUCCUCAACGCCACCACUGAUGGUUCUGACAUAUUUGACCUGCUGGACCAGGAGAAUGAGUUAGUGGACCCGGACAUUAUCAACAUCUCCCCUAACACUUCACCAGUGCAUUCCCCCGGCUCUCAUUACCACCAUGGGGGUGAUGGCAGUAAGGGCCAGAGUACGGACCGCAUGGAGUCCCAUGAAGAGGUCCCCAAUCUCCUGCAGCAGCCUCUGGCUCUGGGCUACUUUGUCUCCACGGCAAGAGCCGGUCCACUACCUGACUGGUUCUGGUCGGCCUGUCCUCAGGCUCAGAACCAGUGUCCACUCUUCCUCAAGGCCUCUUUGCACCUCCAUGUGUCUUCAGUGCAAUCAGAUGAACUGCUGCACAGCAAACACUCCCACCCCCUUGACUCCAAUCAGACCUCAGAUGUACUCAGAUAUGUGCUGGAGCAGUACAACGCCCUCUCCUGGCUGACGUGUGACCCGGCCACGCAGGACCGUAGAUCGUGUCUGCCCAUUCACUUUGUGGUGCUCAACCAGAUGUACAACUUCAUCAUGAACAUGUUGUAGCCAAUCCCCUGUUACAGCAAGAGGAUGGUGGCAAAGCAUUUCAGAGAAGAGGCAAUCACGACUCCAAGAUGGAGUUGCAUCAAGACUGAAGAAAACUGCACGAACCAGAGCCUGGCACGGAGCUGGAUCCUGCACCAAAAAUGGAUCAGAAGUUCUUUUCUCAGUCUGUGGCUGUGCAGACAGCGCUGUCCCUGUAUAGAGACAAGGGAGAAAAGAAGAGGGGAAAACCCAAGUUGAGUUACAGUUAAUGAAUGAGCGAAUGAGAGAUUUAUUAUGGUAUGUAGCAUGGCAGCACAGUCACUGUCCAUUUUUUUAUUGGAAAGAGAAGUGUAUCUGUAAAGUUAUUGGAAGCAAAGGGACAUAUUUGAUCAGGACAAAAAGUCCAGAUAGUUUUAAGACCUGAAAUUGUUUUUUAUUCCUUUGGAUAAAAGAGUAUCCAAAAGAAAUGCCUGCAUCUAUCUUAUUUAUUGUAAGUUUUAAAUGUAUAAUUUGUCUUAUUUCUUAACCUCUUUUAUAUGGAGAAGGUUUAUAUCACCUUCCUGCUUUAAAGCAAUUGGUCUAAGAUGUAUCUAACCGUCUUAAUUAAAAAAAACAACCGAGGAAAAAACAACAUAAAAAUAAAGUUGCAGUAGGUUGCUUUUAGAGUAUUAUUUUUUGUAAUGGAGACAGAAUAUUUGUAUUGUCACAAUGUACAGAAGAAUUAGAGGGGAAAUUAUGCUCCAUGCCUUUGAGCAUGAAGGACUUACAGCAAAGCUGUAGCUACAGAGGACUUGUACAGCAAUGAACUUCACUUUGUUCAAAUAAAGAGGUACAUUGUUGUAUAUAGUAUUUUAUACUACACAUUUAGACACAAAAUGGCAAUAUAUAUAUAAAUAAUUAUAUAUGAAUGCCAUACCAGCAGUUGAUGGUGUGGCUUCUGUUUUAGGAAUAAAGUGCGUCAACUUA